ACGCGUCCCGCGAAUACCACGACAUGUCUAUGAAUAUUUUCGGCCAAGAGGCAACAGAGGAGAAGGCGGAGAAUGCGCGUCUGUCCUCCUUCGUAGGGGCCAUGGCUCUCGGCGACCUCGUCAAGUCCACGCUCGGGCCCAAGGGCAUGAACAAAAUCCUGCAGUCCGCGUCGACGGGCGACAUCAACGUGACGAACGACGGUGCGACGAUCCUCAAGGCGAUCCAGCUAGAUAACCCCGCCGCGAAGAUCCUGGUCAAUAUCUCGAAGGUGCAAGAUGACGAGGUCGGGGACGGAACGACGAGCGUGUGCGUGUUGGCCGCGGAGCUGCUGAGGGAAGCGGAGAAGCUGGUCAAUCAGCGAGUACAUCCCCAGACGAUUGUGGAGGGGUAUCGGAUUGCGAGCGCUGCUGCCUUGAAGGCGCUGGAGAAGUCUGCGGUGGACAACAGUGCGGAUCCCUUAAAAUUCCGACAAGAUCUGCUGAACAUUGCUCGGACGACCCUUUCAUCGAAAGUCCUAUCACAGGACAAGGACUACUUUGCUAAUCUUGCAGUCGACGCGGUCUUACGACUAAAGGGCUCAACAGAUCUUGACCACAUACAAAUAAUCAAGAAAGCAGGCGGCAAGCUAACAGACUCCUACCUCGAUGAAGGGUUCAUCCUGGAUAAGACAAUCGCUGUGAACAGCCCAAAACGAAUGGAGAACGCCAAAAUCCUGAUCGCCAACACCUCGAUGGACACCGACAAAAUCAAAAUCUUCGGCGCGCGCGUCAAGGUCGACAGCACGGGUAAGCUUGCGGAGCUCGAACGCGCGGAGCGGGAAAAAAUGAAAGCCAAGGUCGACGCGAUCGCCGCGCACGGCAUCAACUGUUUCAUCAACCGCCAGCUGAUCUACAACUACCCCGAGCAGCUGCUCACGGAGAAGGGCAUCAUGGUGAUCGAGCACGCGGACUUUGAGGGCGUCGAGCGGCUCUCGCUCGUCACGGGCGGCGAGAUUGCGAGCACAUUCGACCGGCCGGACCUCGUCAAGCUCGGGCGGUGCGAGCUCAUCGAGGAGAUCAUGAUCGGGGAGGACAAGCUGAUCAGGUUCUCCGGCGUCGCCGCGGGCGAGGCCUGCACGGUCGUGCUGCGCGGGUCGACGAACCAGAUGAUCGACGAGGCGGAGCGCUCGCUGCACGACGCGCUGUCGGUGCUCUCGCAGACGGUGAAGGAGACGCGCGUGGCGCUCGGCGGCGGGUGUGCGGAGAUGCUCAUGAGCUGCGCGGCCGACGAGGAGGCGCGGCGCACGAAGGGCAAGAAGGCGGUCGCGGUCGAGGCGUUUGCGCGCGCGCUCCGCCAGAUCCCGACGAUCCUCGCGGAUAAUGCGGGGUACGACUCGAGCGACCUCGUUGCGCGGUUGAGGGCGGCGCAUUAUGAGGGCAAGGCGGAUGCGGGGCUGGAUAUGAACCAGGGCACGAUCGGAUCCAUGGCGGAGUUGGGUAUUACGGAGAGUUAUAAGCUCAAGCGGCAGGUCGUGCUUAGCGCGAGCGAGGCUGCGGAGAUGAUUUUGCGGGUGGAUGAUAUCCUGCGGGCGACGCCCCGGAGACGGGAAGCACAUUAGAUGUUGUGCUUACAGAAGUAUACAAAACUAAUGUUAUGCUAUCUUCCCCUAUAUUUGUGAGUCAUUGCGUU